AUGGUAAUACAUACAUGUAAUAGAUGUGGUCAUGAAUUUAAAAAAUUAGCGAAGUUACGUAUUCAUCUUAAACGAAAAAACCCCUGCCGACAACAAAAUUUAUCAAAUCAAAAUACAGCGUCACUCCCUAAUCCAGAAAUAGAAUAUCUCGAUGCAUUGGGAUUAUUGCAAAACAAUGGAGCCCCGCCCUUAUUUGAUUUCUCAGAAAUUGGUGAAAGCAGUCAUUCCGAGGCUAACUCAUCUCCAGAGGCUGAAAGAGAAUAUCUCGAAGCAUUAGGAAUAUUAGAACCUAUUCCGCAAUUUCAUCAAACAGAUAUUAUUAGUUCAGGAUGUGAAUUAUUAGACGAUCAUUAUCAAGUUGAAAUAGGAAAAGAAAGCAUAUAUUCACAAGAUCCAAUCAAUACUCUUGGAGUACUUAGGGAGCAAAUAAUAAAUAUUUUCAAUAACCGAUUUGAUCUUACUCAUGGGUUCAAAACUCGAUUAUGUCUUAUAGGAAAAAUGAGUCGAUCAACAAAUUAUCAGCAGGGACUGUUUGAAGAUGAAACAUUUGCAGAAAAUGAUAAUGAUGAAAAAGAUUAUAAAGAAGUUCCGUUCAAAAAUAAAGCAGUAGUAGUAACUGCUAAAGAAGAUAUCCCAGGAAUUGUAGAUGAGCUUAUUUGGGAUAUUGAAAAUCGAAUAGAAGUAUAUAUUCACAAAGGCUUAGGUUGGUAUUAUGAAGAAUCAGAAGAAGUAAAUAUUGAAAUGCCAAUUUAUGUCCCUUUAACAGCCAGUUCAUAUCUUCCUUUACCCAAAGGAAUACCAAAACGAAACAAUGGAAUUAUCAAUAUCCAAAAUGAGGAUGAUCGAUGCUUUGAAUAUUGUAAGUUAGAUUUCAAUGGGAUUCAAUUUCCAGUAAGAGCCGACAAUAAUACAAUGGAAAAGUUUGAAAAACAGAAUCCCAAUAUAUCUGUAUCAAUUUAUGGAUGGAGCGAAAAAGAACUUAUCCCAAUCAGAAUUGCAUCUAAAUCCAAAGUACAUAAUAGAUGUAACCAUAAAGAAGGGAAUUGUCAACCACGUAAAUUAAUUCGACUUUUAUUAAUAACAGGAGAUGAUCCAAAAACAGGUGAACCAGCUCAACAUUAUUGCUUGAUCCAAGGAAGAGAUGGGUUAGGAAAAUUAGCUGGAUAUACAACUAAACACAAUGGUAAGUUAUAUGUUUGUGAUUAUUGUGUAAGUUACCGAACCCAUGAUCCUAAGAUUGAUGCACAACACAUGGAUGAUUGCGAAGGAAUUAAUACUUCAGCACAAAAAACAGUAAUGCCAGAGAAAGCCGAUGCAGAGACUCUUGCUACCCAAAUUGAAAAGAACCAAGGAUCGAAAACAACAGCAAUCCAAGAACACAAAGUUAUAUCAUUUGAUUAUAUAAUUAGACGUAGUUAUGGCAAGACCAAAGUAUCAGUAAAAAUUAGGGGAGAUGAUCCAGCUGGAGAGUUUAUCAAAGCAAUGGAAAAAGAAACAGAGCAAUGCCAGGAUUUUCUUGCAGAAGGUCACGUAAUUCGAAAUUCUACAACGAAAUUAAUCUCAAUGAUGCAAUCAGGAAUAUUGUCAGAAGAGAUAGUAGAAAAUUAUAUUAAUUACGUUAGCAUAUUUCAAACAUGGAAAUUAAUCAAUAUUCCUUUCGGUUCUACUAAAGAGUAUGAGAAGUUAAUACAUCUUAAACAUUACUUAAAAGGUCUUUACCAAGCUCAUAGAAGAGAUCCCCUUGGA